AUGAAUAACUCUUUGGUUGCAGCUGCACAAGUUGGGGACAUAAACUUGCUCUACAAACUGAUUCAGAUGCAACCCUAUGUGUUGGAGCACAUAGACUUCAUGCCAUUUGUUGAUACUCCUCUGCAUGUUGCAGCUGCUGCAGGUCAUGCCAGUUUCGCCACUGAGGUGAUCAGGCUCAAACCCUCCUUUGCAUGGAAGCUGAACCAGAGUGGUCUUAGCCCCAUGCACCUUGCGUUGCAGAACAUGCAUUACAGAAUGGUGUGUCGCUUUGUGGACAUCAACAAGGACCUUGUGAGGGUCAAAGGGAGGGAGGGGCUCACUCCUUUGCAUAUUGCAACUCAAACUGGGAGAACUGAUCUUGUGGCUAUGUUCUUAUCGGCUUGUCCAGGUUCCAUUGAAGAUGUAACUGUUCGUAGUGAGACCACGCUGCAUAUUGCUCUGAAAUAUAAUCAGUUUCAGGCUUUGGAAGUCUUGGUUAGAUGGCUUCAGAGAAACUGCCAAAGACAGGCUCGGGACCGGGAGAAAAGGAUUCUGAACUGGCAGGAUGAGGCCGGCAACACCAUUCUCCACCUUUCUGUUCUCAAAGUCUUCCCUCAGGCAGUUAAGUUGUUGAUAGAUAGCAACAUAGACAUAAAUGCAAAGAACUUUGAGGACUUGACAGCGUUGGACAUGGUGGAGAUUAACCAAACCGUGACUCACAGUCAAGAGAUCAAAGACAUGUUAGUGAGAGGUGGAGCUUUACGUGGCUUUUCACUUGCUACUACUCCUCUCCUCGAAGAAGAGCUAAUAGAAAAAAUCACAUACAAUGAGAGAAUAGCAAUCUUCGUAACUCGCCUGAGAAAGAGAAUAUCACACGACACACGCAACGCUUUGUUGGUGGUGACUAUUCUUUUCGCAACAAGCACGUACGAAGCAGCACUUAACCCUCCCGGUGGAGUUUACCAAGGAGAGGGUAGGGUGACACCCUCUGAGAAAAUUGCAUCAUUGAAGCACAGUGAGUAUGCAGCAACGCGAGAAAUUGCUGGGAAAGUGGUUAUGAAAAUGCAAACCUUCUUCUGGUUCUGGUCCUUCAAUACAUGCUCCUUUUAUCUUUCGAUUUUGAUGAUAUGUUUGCUCAUGCCACGAGGGCGAGUCAGUGUUAUCGUGACCUUUCCACUUUCUUUAUUCUCCGGGUGCUACGUGUUCUCCAUGUUAGUGAUAUCACCCAGUUUCAAGUUAAACACUGUCACUGUGAUUCUGCCAUGCGUGUUUACAAUAUUGUACUGUUGGGGAAGUUCGAUAUACAUUAGAUUAGCCAAAAAACUUAAAAUGUAUGGUCAUAAACAGAAAGACACGUUCAACAGAUGGUAA